ACUUUUAAGGUUCUCAUUCCACGCCAAGUGGCUCAGUGCAAAUCGAUAGGGGAGCGUGCGCUGUCUUCGAAGGUCUCUUUUUCCUGUCCUCCAACAAAAGUCUUGGAAUAACGGGAGAGAACACAAGCAGGAUCGCAACCACAGAUCCAGUCUUUCUCCGGAGCUUCCACCGUCAACAGAUUGAAUUUUUUUGUGUUCCGCUGGUGUGUGCCGUGCUGCUGUGGCGAUCAAGUGGUGUCUAAAAGUUGUUCUUGGUCCACAGAAUCAUGGCGACAGAAAGCACUUUUAAGAACGGCGACGCGGUGCACGUCGACAGUCCAGAGCCUGUACAGAAAAAGAUCGUCAGCACUAGCAACUGCGGACUUUUGACUGUUCACAUCCAGGGAUCGCUGCAACAUGUCAACUCCAAGCCCGUUUUCCUGACUGUUCACGACAUGGGAUCGAAUCAUGAUGAAUUCAUCAAGUUUGUCGAUCACCCGUCGAUGCUCGACGUCAAAGAGCGGUCCAUCUUCGUUCAUGUCGACUUACCGGGUCAAGAAGAUCAUGCAGCCGAUCUGCCUGAAGAUUUCCAGUUUCCGGAUAUGAGGACUAUCGGUCACGGAUUGGUCGAUAUCCUAGACGCCCUGUCUAUCCCUUACGUCAUCGGACUAGGCGAAGGAGCCGGUGCCAAUAUUCUAGCGCGAUUUGGCAUGGAUUAUCCUGAACGCAGCCUCGGAUUGAUCCUGAUUCAUUGCACGUCUACCGUCGCUGGUGUUAUGGAGUACUUUCGUGAUAAGCUGAUCAACUGGAAGCUGGCUCACGUCGGAAUGAAUCCCACUGCAGAGCAAUAUUUGGUCUUUCACAAAUUUGGACGUUCGUUGGAAGAGCAACUGGAACAGUCUGAGAACAAAGAAAAGGUGAUCACCGAGUACCAACACAAGUUGCGCAGUACCAUCAAUCCCAAGAAUCUACGCCGCUAUGUGGAAACCUUUCUCAAUCGGACGGAUUUAAGCGAAGUGCUCGAGUCGCAGCUCAAGACUGACGUCAUGCUGGUGGCCGGAAGCUUGGCUUCUCAUUUACAUACAGUACGCACCAUGGCCAAUCACAUGAACAAAACGAAAUCGACGCUCGUCUUAAUUGACGGAGUAGGCGACGUUCUCAUGGAAGCUCCGGAGAAGUUUGCGCACAACUUAGUUCUCUAUGUCCAGGGGCUUGGAAAGUUGAGCUCCCUUUCGGUAACUGGAAGUUGGAGCUCGCGCAGUCGCACCACAUCGCAAAGCUCUGACGCCCAAGACUUGGAGGCUGGUCGCCGACGAUCCCGUGCGAUGUCCAUGGAGGAGUAUGAUAUCCCCAACGUACGACGUCUUAGUCUGGCUAAAAAGGAAUGAUAACUAUAAGCAACAGCAGUACAAAUAUCGAAUAUCGAUGACAUCGUAAAAAGUAUAUUUCGUUUUCUGCUGGUUAACUUUACUUUAGAAAGCAAUUUUCUUUCCCUUGCGACUAUAUAUAUAGUAUAUAUAUUUGGUUGCUUAUAGAAAAUAGUUUAUAACUUUCUUUCAUGUGGUAUACGUUCGAUUAGUAUAGUCAUUCUCCCUAUUGCCAUAUUUCCUGAUCGUCAAACCUUUGGCACUGGAACGAGUUCUGUUUUGUUCUUAGUUUAUUUCGGUUUUUCUCUUCUCCGCAAAAGAAGACAACAAUUUCAUGUAGCGGUUGAGAUACCGUAAAGAUUCAGCGAAAUAAAAGCCAUUGUUUUCCUUAUA